AUGUCCUUCUUUCCCAUCAAAGACUCUUCUGGAAUAACUCAAUUGGUCAAGUCCACUAUUGCUAUCGAGGGUGAAGUCCGCGUAAGACCAGAGCAGUCUCGCCGUGAUGAAGGCACAGGUCAGAUUGAGGUCCAAGUAAAUAAGUUUACUCUCCUUAAUCCUGCGCAUCGCAACAUGCCAUUCAUACCUUCAGACAACCAGACAUUGGUCAAUGAAGACCUAAGGGCACGUUUUCGAUAUCUUGAUCUUCGUAGGACAGCACUUGCCGACAACAUCAGAAAAAGGAGCCAAGUUGCUCGAACAGUUCGGGAUACUCUGCAUGAAGAUGGCUUUCUUGAAGUAGAGACUCCACUGCUUUUGAAAUCAACACCAGAAGGUGCCAGAGAGUUUUUGGUCCCGUCUCGGGUCGGUCAAUCAACCGCACAGCAUGACGGAAAAGAUACCCCCCUAUUUUAUGCUCUUCCACAGUCUCCGCAGCAGCCAAAACAAUUGCUUAUCUGCUCUGGAGCGAUCGACAAGUAUUUUCAGAUAGCCAAGUGCUUCCGCGACGAAGAUGGUCGCAAGGACAGACAACCCGAGUUCACGCAAAUCGAUCUAGAAAUGGCUUUUGUCUCUUGGGGUGUGGACCCAAAGAUUUGCUCAUCUGAUGAAUGGCGAAUCGGAGGUCACGAGGUCCGCGCUAUAAUUGAAAAACUUGUUGGACGCAUAUGGCAGCAAGUUGAAGGAAUUACACUUCCGAGCUCGUUUCGGGUGAUCACCUAUAACGAAGCAAUGGCACGUUAUGGUUCAGACAAACCCGACACUCGUUUCGCUCUGGAGAUUCAGGAUAUUACGACCUCGCUACCAACUCACACGCAGGCGUUGCUCGAGGACCUCGGGGAAAUUCUUGAGGCCAUCAUUCUUCGUCCAUCUGAAAGCUGCUCAUUCUUGCGAGCAAAUGAUGAAUGCAGCUACCAGAACGAACGAAAUGUCAGCCGCUCUGUGAUCGCCGAUAAUAAUUUGUUGGAUUGGCUGAGUGAUAACCGGUUGAUCAAUUUGAAGCUGAGCGGCGAGGAGCAUGCCCUUUUGAAUAAAACCUUAGGAGUAAGUAGCGGUGAUACCCUAUGGCUAUCUCGUCGUCGUAAAGUCCCCGAGGGUGGAUCCACUGCCCUGGGUCGCCUCCGAACACGGAUAUCUGAGCUAGCACACGCCCGCGGAGAUUAUGUCCCGCAUGCAGUUCCUCACUUCCUAUGGGUCACCGAGUUUCCUCUGUUCACUCGGGCUGAUCCUGACAAGGAGUUCUUGGCUCACGGGCGAUGGAGCAGUACACACCACCCUUUCACAGCGCCAAUGUGGCAAGAUAUAGAAGCCAUGUAUGCAGGUCGUAUCGAUCAGGUUCGGGGACAGCAUUACGACCUUGUUUUGAAUGGUGUUGAGAUUGGCGGUGGCUCAGUCAGGGUACACGAUGCUGCUAUGCAAGAGUACAUCUUUUCCCAGGUUUUACAGCUGAGUGAUUCUGAGAAGACUUCAUUUGACCAUCUACUGCAUGCCCUCAAAUGUGGUGCACCCCCUCACGGCGGAAUUGCUCUCGGCUUUGAUCGACUGAUGGCUAUCCUUUGCAAGACACCGACCAUCCGGGAUGUCAUCGCUUUCCCAAAAACUGGAGCAGGCACAGAUCUACUUUUCAGGAGUCCGGCGGCCAUCAACAAGGAGGUGCUAUAUCAGUAUGGUGUCCGACCUACACGUGGUUGA